AUGAGCGACAUCAACGCCUCAGAAAUCACCAGAAGCUCUAUCCUUUCAGCAGCAACUGAGCGUCCUCAUUCAGCGAGUCAGGAAAGAGUGACACCAAUUCGAGAGGUUCCUAGAGGUGUUGGUUCGCCUUCCUCAAGAACGCCCACUCGUACUCCUGUUGCUUUACAGCAAGGCCUUGGAACACAGCACUCGAACUAUUCACGUGGAGACCUAAGUCUUCACAGCCAACCCAGCGACCAGCAACUCUCCGAUGAAUAUGUGCUGGAUGAACCUGGACGAAAAGUUCUCAUGCAUGGUUCCCCGGAGCAAGAACACGAAGACUCCUACGUCGAGGAAGAGCAACAUGGCGAUGGCCACUCUCACGCAUUGGCAGCGGGUCUCGCUGGUGCUGCCGCAGGUGCUGGGUUGGCAGCAAUACACCAUGAUCAUGCACAUGUUGAUGAAGAACACGAUGAUCCAGAACUUUUAGAAGAUACCCACGGCUACUAUCACCAGGAAGUUCCACCGCCUCUUCGAUAUGUUCCUUAUGCUCAGGAGAGACGUGGACUCAGCCCAAUACAGAGUGUCUCUGGUUAUACCGAAGGCGAUCCCGAUCAACAACUAAGAGACUCUAGACUCACCCACAGCACCGGCUCGUAUUCGUCAAUGAACAAAUCGGGGCAGCAACACCAGUCUGGACGAUCAAUCAGAUCUCUCGAUUCGGUAGGAAAUGUUCAUGGUAAUCACCACGACUUCCCUGAAGUUCGACAAGGUGGGCUUACCGAUUCAGAAAUCACCCAAGAUGGAGAGUAUUGGGAAGAGCAACACAGAGAGAAUGAUCGUAACCGCGAGCUUGAUUCAGAAAGCUACCACAGCUCUGACCCUCGAAUCGACUAUAAGCACAUGACGAAUUACACCGACGACAGCAUGGAUGCUCCUCAUCUGGAUCGGGUAACGACUGGUCAAAAUGUUCGAGGCCUUGGAGCGAACCCGGAUUUUGUCCACACGCCAAUUGCUGUUGAGUCAGCUGUCGCAUCUCUCGUCAACGAGUCUGAGCUCACAGGUGACUCUGGCUACUCCGGAAAUAACGGCCAAUACGACCGUAGAGGAUCGUAUGCUUCCUACGAGGAUGGCUCGGAGCGGCACUUCACGAGCCAAGGGAACAGUCCCACGAAGCACGAUGGCUCAAGGGCUCUCAGAUAUGAUGAGUCUGGAGGCAGUUCAAGCCGGCGAAACAGCCCCACCAAAUACACUGAAGAGUAUGAAAUCGACGAACAGGGGCGUAAAGUUGCAAUGCCUAGACAGAAGAACACCCACAUGGCUGAAAAGGCCGCGUUGGCUGGCAUCGCAGCCGGAGCCGCGGCCGCGGUUAUAAAUGGCAGGCAGAAGAAGUCGGCUGCAGAUCAAAUCCGGUACCCGGAGAGACACGAAGACACUGGGGCUCCAUUGCAGAAGUCUUUCAAGGAACGUGCGUUGGAGGGACAAGGUCAAAUACCAUCUCCACGUCAUAGUAUUGACGCGCCACUUAGCGAAGCUGCAAGUCAUGAGCAGCUGAAGUUUACGUCCAGUGGACUUCCAGAUUUGCAAAACCCAAUGCCCGAAAUAGGGUAUGGUGAUGGAGAAUCUGACGUGACGACAAACCCUUCGAUCAUUCAAGGACCUAUCGGAGGAGUAACAGAGUCAAAUAGAGAUCAUUGGCCGGGCAAACCAACGCCUCCACAGCCACAGUUUGAAGCAGGUUCAGCAAGCCGGGAACAGAAGUCUGACGCCAACCUUAAAGCCGCGGAGGCUGCUCUCGUUGGUGCAACAAUCGGCGCUGGUGGGGCUGCAGCAAUUGCUGGCCACAAUCGGGAAGCCAGCCAGGAUCAUGACGAAGAUUGGCAAAGAACCUCAGGUGAACGAAAACGCGACACCCUCAUUACCAACCCCUACGAAGGAACAAGUCCAAUCGCUGCUAUUGGCGGCGGGCUUGACCGUGAUCUUCUUAGCGAGGCUGGAAUCCGAUUCCCGGGCCAAGGUCAAGGCAAUGUUCCCAGCAAGCUAGAUUACCGAGCCGGAAGCCCAGUCGCAUUGCCAAAGGAUGAAGGUUACAUCUCCUCUGCCCCGAAUGCUCGCUCCCCAGGAGGUAUCACUCCCGAGCCGAGAAUCAAAGGAGUCGGUUUCCUCGAUGAAGAUAUUGGAGGUGCAGCUGAUGCUUUGGCCGGUGACAAUCCCUUCUACACUCCAAAGCACUCUCGGCAUCUUAGCGGGAUGUCCCAUGGCAUGGGCUCACCAAUUUACGAUAGUGCAACGGGACAGGGCAUUGAUCGCAUCCAAUCGAAGGAUAUUGUUGCUCUCAUGGACCAUCUCACUGUUCGCGAUGCUCAACGAAGCGCCCGUGACACGGAAAUCCUGGUCACUCUCGUUCGAGCAGCUGCUGAGAUGCGAAACUCCUUCGAGGACAUGAAGCGUCUUUUAGCCGAUACGGAAGAUGUGAUCAUCACCGAGGUUCAAGGCAAUACCGACAAGUCUGUCCAAAAGGCAAUAAACGGCCCAAGACCACUACCGCAGAGCGGUCCACGAUCUAUUCGACAGGGCUCUCAAGACGAGAUGUAUGAGGAUCUUCCUACCAAGAAAAGGAACGUGUUCAGAAGGGCUCUGAAGGGGUUAAGCAUGAAGAGCUCGAAUGAUCUUGGGAAGAUUGAGGAGAUGCUAGUGCAAUUACUAGGAGAAGUUGAGGGACUGAAGGUUGCCCAGGGUCUCAAGCCUGGCAGUCAUGCAGCUGAAUCCUAUGAGGAUCUGCAGCAAGAAGGAAAUUACGAACAUGAUCGUGGCUACGAACCAGAGGGACAUGCUGGAACAUCAACUGCAAGCCAUGCUAGUCAAUCUGGACAUUUGUCGCUCCCAUUGUCUCGGGGCGCAAGCGGCCAAAGAGGGUUUGACAGCCGCAAGUUCUCGGAUCACCGUAUCAGUACUGUUCCCGAAGGCGACGAGGAAGAACUGGAUCCACAUGAGCAAGCUGUCCUCAGCAGCCAAUUCGAGCAGAACGAGAAUUUACUCACGCCAACCAGAGAGGUCGCUCGAGGAGGAUCUGCACCACUUGGAACACCACCUCAGCAAUAUAUUGCUCCAGCUUCUCUCAGCAAUGAGAAUACGCCAAGGACCGACAAGAGCAAAAAGCAUAAGUCAAGCAGCUCGUCUGGCUGGAUUCCCAAGGUUUCUCGAUGGUCCGAGACGACUGCAUCGACUGUGUUCCGAGGUUUCAGAAACAGCGGUCGCGGUAGUGGGCGGAAAGGUGAUGAGCAAUUCGCAGAGCCGCCAUCAAGGUCUGGCUCUGACCUCGGAAAUUACCCAGAUCAUGAACUCUAUGGAGACGACAAACUCCAUUCAGGUUUCUCGCAAGAACAGAUCCAGCAAUAUAAUGAGAAUGAGCCUCCUGUGUCUCUACUGCCACCCGAAGAUCCAAAGUACAAGGCCCACCGCAACUCGUUGAAUUUGCAACACCCACAGCCACGACCUGGACCUACUCACCGGUAUCAGACAGCUCUCGAGUCGCAAGCAGUGAACUUCGAUUCGCCUAUGUCUCCGAAGUCUGUCGAUUGGGGUUCUCAGACAAGCUUAAACCGCCUUCCACCUCAGCAGACCAAUCGUUACAGUGGCGGCACCAAUAACACUGGUAACAUGUCCCCCAUUUCCGAUGGCGCCUACUCGGCAUCAAAUCAAGCUCCCCAACGACCACCAAAAGAGCCUAUUGCACCCCAGCUACCACCAAAGAUCCGGACAGGAAAAUUGACGAAGCCAAGUCCCCUGAGCAAUGAGCAUCUCAACGUGGAUGAUCACCCUUACGCGCAAGGCGGUUCGCCAAGAUCAGCAGCAAGAAAGCUAUCGGGAACACUAGGAGGUGUCCCAGUGAGAAAGCCAACAGGACCCAGAAGCAUGAGUUCGUCUAAGAGCGGGGAACUGAAUAGAGAUGAUGGAACAGUGAGGCGUAACAAAAAUAGAGAUACAUUCGGCACAAUAGCCAGUAAUCACUCCGGCGAGUCGGAAACAUUCUGA